UCUGCAAGUAGCACCAGCACGAUUUAAAAAAAAAAAAAAAAAAAAAAAAAAAAAAAAUUAAAAAAAUCAUCGAUUAAACUUUAUUCAUUCAAGAUUUGAAGCUAAUGGCUGCUUGGUUUUAUACUCUGGAUAAUCUCUGCAGGAAUAUUGUAGAUUCAGAAUUAAAGCUGUCUUUGAGUAUAUAGUAAUAUAUAUGACGUGAUUUUCACUGGCAAGCUUAUGUUUGUAGAAGGUUUUAUUUUUAUUUUUUAUUUGAGAAUUUGUAGAGGGAAGUUGUAGGCAUUUGGUUUUGUAUCUGAAUUUCUAAUACAGUUGUCAUUAGUUGAUAAUCCUGGAGCAUAAUAAACAUGUAUAAUUUUUGGUUUGGAUAUAUUAAGUGUGACUGUGUGAGACUGUGAGUGGAUUUAAGGUCAUAUUGCUACUUUUGGUAGAUUUAAAAUGAGUUUUGCAAUUUCUUUUAUGGUGUCUGCUUAUUAGACAUUUUCUGGGAGCGAAAUUGUGCUGAUGGUUUGUGUUUGUAGAGGUCAAUUUUGAGGAGAAAAAUGUGAACAAGUGUGAUACUAGAAGAAACAGGUUAUCUCAUACAUGCAUUGUGUUGUACUAAGAGAUGGUAUUAGAAUAAAGGGUCUAUGACCUAAACGGCCAUAUGUGUUACGAGCAAAAAGAAGUCAGGAAUGGUGUGGCCGGUGAAGGCCAAGGUUUGGGCUCGUCUGAAGAAGAUGAGUCGAGGGUUGAUGAUGCAGCUACAAACACUAGUAAUGGACCUGUAGGGACAAUUCAGGUCCAUGAUGGGUUCCAGAUAUCGCAGCAACAACCUCCUCAAGGUUCUGUGGUUUGUUGGGAGAGGUUCUUGCCUAUUAGGUCAUUGAAGGUUCUUCUAGUGGAAAAUGACGAUUCAACUCGCCACGUUGUCAGUGCUUUGCUGCGGAAUUGCAGUUAUGAAGUUACUCCUGUUGCAAAUGGCCUUCAAGCAUGGAAGAUUCUUGAAGAUCUUUCUAAUCAGAUUGAUAUUGUUCUAACGGAGGUAGUCAUGCCCGUUUUAUCAGGAAUUGGUCUUCUAUGCAAAAUAAUGAUGCACAAAACGAGAAAGAACAUUCCUGUAAUAAUGAUGUCAUCUCAAGAUUCUAUGGGCAUAGUCUUUAAGUGUUUGUCAAAAGGUGCAGUUGACUUUCUUGUGAAACCAAUUCGGAAGAACGAACUGAAAAAUCUCUGGCAACAUGUUUGGAGGAGAUGCCACAGUUCUAGUGGUAGCGGGAGUGAAAGUGGGACGCACACCAAAAAAUCUGCAAAAUCGAAAAGUAAUGACUCUGAAAACAAUAGCAGCUGUGGUGAUGAGCAAGAUAAUGGGUAUAAUACUCUGAAUAUUCGGGAUGGAAGUGACAAUGGGAGUGGCACUCAGAGUUCAUGGACGAAAAAAGCAGCUGACGUUGACAGCCCUCAACCACUAUCACCUUCAUAUCAUUUGACUGAUGCUCCUGAUAGCAUUUGUGCCCAGGUGAUCCAUAAUAAGCCUGAAUCAUUUAGCAAUGGAUGGGUGCAUGUUAGUGAAACAAAAGAUGGCCAUGAACAGAAUGAACAACAUGAUGACAUUGCAAUGGGCAAAGACUUGGAAAUAGGAGUAUCUGAAGAUCCAGAGAAGUUAUUUACCAACCAAACUAGAAAAAGGCACAGUAAAUUGUCUGAAGUAGAUAAUAGACCAUUUGACAAUGAACAACUGCAGCGUGACAAUGAAAGUGCACGCGGCAAAUGGAGGGACCAAGCUGCCGGUGUCAUUAGUACAAAUGCCACUAAUCCACUGGCUGAAGGAAGUAACUUUGAUGCUAUAAAUGGCCCUUCUGACAUCUCACGUGUCAAAGUAUCCAGUGAUUGUGGAGAAAUGCCAUCUCUUGAACUAACUCUGAAAAGGCUGCGGGGAGUAGAAGUUGGUCGAAGUGCUGCAAAUGAUGAUUGCAACGUUCUGAGACAUUCAGAUUUUUCAGCAUUCUCAAAAUACAAUACCGCGUCUUCUGCAAAUCAGGCUCCCACAGGGAAUGCAGGAAGCUGUUCUCCACUAGAUAAUGGUUCUGUUGCAAUGAAGACGGAAACAAUGCAAAAUUUUCCAUCCCAUUCAAAUGGCCCUCCUCUCAAUCAGCAGUCCAAUGGAAGUAGUAACAACAAUGACAUGGCCUCCACUGCUAAAUAUUCUACCUCCAAACCAGAAGCUUUGAACGAUAAGUCGGAGUCUAUUUCAGCAUUCAAACCUUUUCACUAUUCUGCCUUCCAAUCUUUGCAGAAUGGCCGGAUUUAUUCUUCUCAACAAGUGUUACCUGAGAAGGCAGAUGAUAUGGGAGUUAACACAAUUCAAGCACAACUGAGAGGGACUCACCAUUUGGUCCACGUUCAGAAUCACCAGCACCACCACUGUCAUUAUCAUCAGCGUGAUCAUAACGUGCAGCACUAUCAGUCACAGCAAGAUCAGGAUGAUCUUUCAGUCAAGAAUAUGGCAGCUGCAGCUCCGCAGUGUGGUUCAUCGAAUGUAUUUGAAGGCACCACUGAAACUAAUGUUGGAAACUAUAGUGUGAAUGGUAGUGCCUCAGGAAGUAACCAUGGCAGCAAUGGGCAAAAUGGAAGCAGCACUGGAUUGAAUGCUGGAAUAACAAACUUGGAGAGUGACAAAGGGGCGGCUGGAAAAAGUGGAGUUAGUGGGAAUAUUGUUGAUGAAGAACGAGCUGCUCAGAGAGAGGCUGCCUUGAUGAAAUUUCGUCAGAAAAGAAAAGAAAGAUGUUUCGGGAAGAGGGUCCGAUAUCAUAGCAGGAAAAAAUUAGCAGAACAGCGGCCUCGUGUCAGGGGACAAUUUGUUCGACAAACAGUGUCUGAUUCUAAGGCAGGAAAAGAUUAUUCGACCAACGACCUCACCUCAGAUGACAAUUCAGGAGAUAACCUUAGAUGACACAAGCAGUGAUGCAGAAUCCGAAAUCAACCCGAUGUCCCUGAUAGUGCAUGUGAAUUUGUGUACAUUAGACUAGCAUCAACUAUCCAUGUAGGGAAGGGGUUUGUCUCCGUAUUUGCUAGAGAGAAUUUUAGGUACGGGUUAAAAAAGACCUUCGAGUUCGAAACCUUUGCGAAGAUACUUGAUACUAUAUGUUAUUUUUAUAAACCUUUGAUGAACUUGUAGGAGAUCACCCCUUGAAUGGUGUAACCUCUAUGCUAUAGAUCUGUUCCUUGCUGUGUUUGGAAUAAUUUUCUCUAUUUUCCGUCAAAGAGUUUGCUCCUUUCUAGUAUUUGCUA